CAACCUUUCAUUCUCCCUAUAAAAACCUCAUUCUGUGCUAGCACAGACUAUCUCUCUCUCUCUCUCAAUCUUUUCCCUUGAAAUCAGACCAAAACAUUCAACCUGUUUCUCCUACAGAAAAUAAAGAAAACAUCGUAUCACAAAAUAUAUUUUAAGGUUACUAAAAAAAGGAAGAAAAAAAAUGCUUCUUAGAAGCUCUUCAAGCCCAAUACAACUGAAGUGCCAUUCGCCAUGGCUGUCAACCCAGAACUCAUCUCCAGAGCUGGAUUUCUCUGUUCACACGCUUAAGCUUUCAAGAUCCUCAUCGGCAUCGUCGUCUUCGUCGUCUUCGUCGUCAUGGGGUCAGCAGAAAAUGGGCAGAGCUUUCUCAGAAACAGAUCUCAUCAGCAUGAUGAGAUCGCCGGCGCCGUCAAAAAAGUGCAUGUGCAUGUGCAUGCAUGGCUUGAUUUCUGCAAUUCCAGUUGACGAGGAAGAAGAAGUGGACAGGGUGAUGAGGGAGAAGAAUCGGGUUUUGGUGCUUUGGAAAUCUGGGCUGAGAGCAGAGGAGGUGCAGGAGUGCGAGGCUAGUGAUGAAGAGGAGGCGGCGGCGGAGACGAUGGUCGGAGGCGAUGGGGGCGGCGAUGGAAGGAGGAUAUGCGGCGGCGGGAGCGGAGGAGGAGGUGACGGAGAUGGAGAUGGGAAUAAUGGGUCUGAGCAUUGGGAUCCGAAUCAAGGAAGUGAGAGCACUGAUCUCUAUUACCAGAAGAUGAUCGAAGCCAAUCCUGGGAAUUCUUUGCUCCUUGGCAAUUAUGCAAGAUUCUUGAAAGAGGUUAAAGGCGACUUUGUGAAGGCCGAAGAAUAUUGUGGUAGAUCAAUCUUGGCAAAUCCAAGCGAUGGCGAUAUACUUGCACUAUAUGCUGACUUGUUAUGGCAAUCACACAAAGACCCCGUUCGAGCAGAGACUUAUUUUGAUCAAGCUAUCAAAGCUGCUCCUGAUGAUUGCAAUGUUUUGGCAUCAUAUGCACGCUUUUUGUGGGAUGCGGAAGAUGAUGAAGAUGAAGAAGAGGAAUGCAAGAAUGUAAAUGAAGAGAGACAAGACAUGAACAAUAUUAGUAGAUCAAAACCUAGUUUUGUUGGAGGGAAAGCAUCAGCUUAAUAUAUAUCGUUGAAGCAUCUAGAACUCUAGGAGUAUAGUAAAAAUAAUGUGUAUAUAUAAAAUAUAUAUUUUUGAUAGUGAAAAAUAGACUAAGGUAGAUGCGGUCUUUGUUUAUAAUAUAUAAAAAAAGAGUCGAUCAAAUGAGUAUUUUAGUAGUAUUCGAAUA